AGAUACCUUCAGUUAUUGGAGCCCGUAGCCGAAACAACUCAUGCAGCUACCACAGAAUCAUCUGCUACAUCUUCUUCAUCUUCUUCAGAGCUGACGACCCCAGAAGCCGUGCUCGAAAAGUCUGAGGAAAUUGCAACAAUAGAGUUUUCCAUGGAGACGACGCCGAAAGUGGUCGAGAAGCAGCCAGACGAAACUGUGAAUCCAACCAGCACUCAUGCCGAUGGUCAAACGACAGUUGUACCUGUUCAAGGUGGAUUCAUAGGCGAAGACGAUACCGGCCAUGUAACCAUCCAACUGCCAGAUGAGGAAGAAGAGGAAAUGAAGCCGGUUGAAAUGACGACGUCUUCAGCAGAAACGAGCGAAGCACAAGACAAGGAGGCGACGCAUGAAGAGAGCAAGGGUGAAAUUCCAAUGGAUGUGAAUGAGGUCACGACACCUGCACCAACAGAACCAGUGAUCGUUGUCGAAGACACGCCAAGUGAUAUUGACGAGAACAGAGUUGAACCUGGCACCAAGCAAGAAGUGAAGUCAAAUUCGGCCGCCACGUUCGUGCUUUCGUCGCUGUCCGCUGCCGUUGCUGCUCUGCUUCUCCUGUGA